CGCGCAAAACGUUUGCGUCCGGAAAACAACCAGAUCAAUACAGUUUACUCACUGCUUGAGUGGGGUAAGAUAAAAGGCUUUACAUUCUGAUGUAUCGGCCACAUGUGUGGACCUCGAGAUAUGGAUGACUUAUCUCAGUGAUCUAAACAAUUGACAAAAACAAGUAUAAAUUAGCGAAGAGAAUACGUUGUCAACAGAGGAAACUUAGCCUCUAGAAUGGCUAGAUUGUUUCUAUAUGUAUUGGUGUUGCUCGCGCUGAGCCGGAGUCUUCACGCGGCUGCCGUAAAACUUGAGAAUCCCUGCGCCUCUGAUCCAUGCACGGAAGGGCACCACUGCCAAACUGUUGAGAACUCAACUGCCCCUUAUGUUUGUCUCAGGGACGGCUACCGGUUUGGAGACUGCAGUCUGAACGCUUACCUGAGCUGUGACCAGUACGCCAAGUGUUUGGACUCUGAAGCUGACCACUCCUUCACCUGCCAAUGUCCGGAGAAUGCCGUGGAGGGGGACGGGUUCAAAGUUGAACAGGGGGGUACAGGUUGUAAGCUUGAAUACAAACCCUGUGCUAUAGACAACGACUGUCCUGAACACGGUUUCUGUAACAAGGAAUACAAGUGUGAGUGUAAAAAAGGUUUUCAGGGGAAUGGACACACCUGCACAGAUAUUGACGAGUGCCUAAAUAGUCCCUGUGACCCUCACGCCAACUGCACAAACUCUCCUGGCAGCUUUGUGUGCUUCUGUGACGCCUACAAAGGUUUCCGUGGUGAUGGCUUUAAGUGUCAAUUCGCUUGUGGCAGCCAUAACGACUGUGACGCGCCUAGGGCCGUGUGCAACGAACAAGACUUGUGUGAGUGUAUCAAGGGUUACCAAGGCGACGGUCUCAACUGCACAGAUGCCGAUGAGUGUGCUACCCCAGGUGCCCACAACUGUAGCGAGAAGACAAACUGCAUCAACGUCGUUGGCAGCUUCAAAUGCGAAUGUAAAAACGGUUACACCGGGAAUGGUAUCAACUGCACAAACUUGCCUCAAAGCUGUAAGGAAAUUCCAAGGUUUACGAACGGCAACAAGUACAAAAUAGAUCCGGACUUCACUGGCCCCGCGGAUGCUUUUAUGGUGAUCUGUGACAAAAUCAACGGCGUCGUCGUCACCAAGUUGCCAGCCAUUGGACCCUUUCCUCUCUCCGCCCCUGAAGCUACUGGACCGCUGGUCAUCGAGUACGAGCCUAAGCCGUCAGACUUGGCGUCACUUCUGGAGAACUCUGGCUUCUGCUACCAGGAUUUCUCGUUCUCAUGUUUCCAAGGAUUCUCCAUGUUCCCGGGAACAAAAUGGUACGACGCAUACGGCGAGGAACACAAAAAUUGGGGGAGCACCAAAGAUGAGAAGUGCGCGUGUGGUGAGCUGAAGCGAUGUCCACUCAGCUGUUACUGUGACGGUACCCAGAGGACAAUCGCCACCGACUACGGACGGGUGAUGGACAAGUCCAGACUUCCGGUGAUGAAACUCAACUUUGACCAGACGACCAGAAACAAGGGGAAUGUCGACAUCCAGCCAGUCGUCUGCUCCGAUGUUCCUGUUGGUAUCCCUAAAGACUGCCAUGAAGCCAAGUUCACCUACAAGAUCAAGAAGAACACCAUCAUGUACAUUGAUAUAGAUGGGCCGGGUGGCCAGGAGCCAUUCUUGGUCUACUGCGACAUGGAGUCAUUCAGUCAUGUCGGCAUUACAGAGAUCUCAACUGAAGUUCCCACCAUAUCACCAAACACAACACAGGGCACACCCGUCUCCUACACGCUGGACCAUACGAAAAUUGACGCCUUGAUCUCCGGGUCUUUGUUUUGCUCCCAAGAAGUGAGAUUCGUCUGCAAGAAUUCCAAGCUGACCGCUGGAGGGGGCUACGUGUCUGUCACAAGCGCAGAACGCAAACUUGAAUACUUCCCUGGCGCGAACGGUGUCCAGAACUCAUGCGGUUGUGGGACCACGCAUUCAUGUGCCGAGCCGGAAGUGAAGUGUAACUGCGACAUUGGCGACGAUGUGGAGCGAACCGACUUCGGUUUGAUCAUCGACAAGGCCGACCUCCCCGUCGUCAGGGUCACGGCCGAGUUCGGAAGUCACCGAAAUGGUACAUACAGCGUCGGCAAUCUCCGGUGUAGCCAAAUUCAGUUCGGUAUCGAGCCCAACUGUGAGAAGUAUCGUCAGGCAGGUAUCAACAAAGAUCAUACAUACCUGGUAGAUCCAGAUGGCCCAGGAAAGCAACCACCUUUUAACGUUGAGUGCAAUUUUAUUGCAAACCCACCCCAAGGAGUGACAAUCGUUCACCACGAUAACGAGAAACCUUAUUUGGUCAAUGCAUCCAACUGGCUCCUACACUACCUUCAAGUCAACCACGACCAACUUGAGGCUCUGAAAAAUAGGUCAACCUUCUGCACCCAAGAAAUUAGCAUAGGCUGUAAGAAAGUCAGCAUCCAGUUGCCAGGCACCAUAAACUGGCUGGGAGCUGCUCUAGAAUCAUUGGAACUUCCUCAAUAUUUGGAGUCCUGUGGCUACCAGGGUCAGUACUGCAACUGCAAUGGUCAAGAGGACAGUUCGGACAGGGGUGUGAUAACUGAUAAGGAUGAACUACCUAUCAAGGCAUUGGAUUUCAGUAGCAUCCUUCAUCAGCUGACCAGUAGCAAGGAGCUUCAAAUGUUUGUGGGACCAAUGUCCUGUUCAGAGGUGUUCCCAACCUGUGCAUUACUGCAAGACUUCCUCAACAGUAACAGAACUAGCCUAGGUGAGAACUACCUGGUCUCUGGUAUGGUCACCAUUGACCCUGAUGGCCCAGGGGGUGUGGAGCCAUUUGGUGUGUCCUGCUCAUUCUCCAAGACCACAGUCACUGUGAUUCAAAAUAAUGGCAAUCUAAUGUCUAGCCCUAACCAUGAUCCAGUAGACAAAUGCUUUGAUAUCAGCUACUCCGACCAAAAUGGAAACCCUAUUUCCGCUGCUCAAAUAUCGGCACUUGUGAAGCGCUCUAACAAAUGUCGCCAAGACUUAUCACUAGAAUGUCAACACGCUCCAGCAACCAACCACGUCAACUACACAUCUUGUGAUGGCACACCUCAGAAAGGCUGGGCUGGGAGUUACAAACAGGACAAAUGUGCCUGUGGUGUGAAUGGAAACUGUGUGGGUGGGCCCACAGCCAGGUGUAACUGUGACAUGAAUGAUGGGGUCGUUAGAACUGAUGCCGGAUCCAUCAUCAACACUGACAGUCUGCCUGUUUGCCAGGUUUGCUUCAGUAUUGAACCUAAACCAGGUACUGCUGACUCACCAGGCCCCCUGUCAUAUCUUAAGUACACACUUGGGGAACUCACAUGUGAUGGUGGUCAAGGCACACAGAAGACAUGCCAAGCAGCUCGCCAGUCCUCCGGGUCCAACAUCAAAAGCUCAUCUGAAGGUCCAGUAGCUUCAAGUUUAGGAGUUCCCAUCCCCUUUGGCUGUAAAUUUUAUCCCAACCCACCUAUUGGUGUUUUGGCUGUGAAAGCAGAAGAUCCCUUGUUCCCGCCCACAAUGGACAGCACAACUGUCGUCAACAUCACCUACGUGACCAUCAACAUCACCAUGAUCAGGGACGUCAUGCAGAAGAAUGAAUACUGCACCCAAAAUGUCUUCCUGUUCUGUGCAUCCCCUGAGAGCCUGCAGCUGGGUGGCAAGUAUGGCUGGUACAACUUCAGAGAGGAGCUGUCUUAUGAAUGGGUGGAGCUGGCUGAAACAAGUGAUGAGAUCACACAAGUAGCAAACACCUACAAAGAUCUAGUUUCCCAGUGUGGCCUCCCUAAAGGUUUUAAAGUCACACAGAAGGAAAGUCUCCCCAUAGCCAGGCUUGUAUUGGCUGGGUCUGGUGUCACUGUUGUCAUAGGGGAUGCUGAGUGUCUUGACCUGAAGACAAGCUGCCAGGAGAUCCUCGACACAAACAGCCGAACAACUGGACUGGUCAGUGGCAAGACUUUUGUGAUUGACCCCGAUCGCUCCGGCCCAAUCAAGCCUUUCAAGUCAUGGUGUGAAUUUGAUGACACAAAUAAAAAUGGUGUCACUGAGAUCCCCAUCAUUGGCAACUGGAGCUCAGUAGUUCAUGUCACAGAUAAAGAGGAAGUUGGAGUUUUUGAAUUACCCAUUCAGUAUGAUGGUGCCACUCAUGAACAGGUUGAUGCAUUGACUGAAAUCUCAAACUUCUGUUGGCAGGGUGUCUCCUUCCAAUGUUCAAAAUCUCCUGUCAUGACCCCAUUAGGAGCAGCAACCUUGAACUUUCCUAAUAACAAAAAGUCUGCUGGCUUUGCGACUGGUAGCAACACAUCUUUCCCUGGUUGUGCCUGUGCUCUGACUGGCACCUGCAGGAAAGGUUAUGUCUGCAACUGUGAUGCCAUGAGACCAGCAGCCAUAGAUCAAGGUGCUGUGUCUGAUCCUCACCUUCUGCCUAUAACAUCAGUGAGUGUAGGAGGCCAGAUCCCCCAGAUAUCAUAUGCUGACAUUGGUGUGACCAACAUCAGGUGCAGCUCUAAACCCAUUGAUCCACCAAGGGAUUGUGCAGAUGCCUUCAAGAAGAAAAGUCAGUACGGGAUCUCGUACAGUUUCAGUUCAGAAUAUCUGAUCAGCCCUGACCCUGAGAGAGUGAAACCCUUCAUGGUCAGAUGUGACUUUGAGUUGCAAGCUGGAGUCGGUGUUACCGUCAUUGAGGCCAAUGCAUCAAACCAACGACCUUUGAACCCUGACCCUGAACACCCCAAUGAAAUUUUCUACUACGCUCCCAGUGAAGAGCAGCUUCAGGCAUUGAUCACACAAUCAGCCUACUGCUACCAGGCUGUGCGCUUCGACUGCUUCGCCAGCACUUUCUUGAGUGAGGGGACAUACUGGCUGACUCUGGGCUCCAGAGAGAAGAGACAUUUUUGGGGUGGUGGUGAACCCACAACAGAUGGGCGAGGUGGUUUGUGUGCUUGUGGUAAACAGCAGAGCUGUGGAGGACUGGACUCAAAAAAUGGACAACUGACAAGACGCUGCAAUUGUGAUGCUGGAGAUGAGAAGAAGCGCUCUGAUGCGGGUAUUAUAGACAUCAAGGAGUUUCUCCCGGUCAGCAAACUUUUUGUUGGACGCUUGUCCAAGUUUCAAGCAGCCAACAUCACCAUUGGGAAACUCUACUGCUCUCAGGAGCCAUUGAAGUUCAAUGAGUGCAGUUUAGGAUUUUUUGACUGCCAUGAGAAGGCUGAUUGUUUAGAUGAUGAGGUCGGCUACAGAUGUGCCUGCAAGCCUGGCUGGACUGGAAAAGGGGUUGAGAUGACCAGCAGUGACCCACGAGCUAAUGGAAGAGAAUGUAUAGAUGAUGAUGAAUGUGUGGCCAGCCACCCCUGUCCUUACAGCGCUACAUGCACCAAUACACCUGGAGACUUCUACUGUACCUGUAAGCCUGGCUACAAGCAGACUGGCAAAACAACCUGUGAAGAUAUAAAUGAAUGUGCCAGUGCUGACUUGAAUGAGUGCCAUGCAGAUGCUCGGUGUGAGAAUCUAGAUGGAGGAUACAGAUGUAUCUGUAACAAAGGCUACAGAGGGGAUGGAUUUAAGUGUGUCCCUGUGGGUGAGUGUGCAUGUUUUGGUGACCCACACUGCAUCAGCUAUGACCAUCGCUGGCUACACUUCCAGGGUGACUGUGAGUACGUCAUGUCACAAGAUGGCUGUGAGGCUGGUCAAGAACCAACAUUCAGGGUUCUGGUGGAGAACUGGAAAAGAAACAACAAAUUACCAGGUCAUUACUCAUGGAUCAAAGCAGUCAUAGUCCAGAUAUUUGACAAGGUCAUUAGGCUUGAGCAGAACAAUGUCAUUUUGGUGAAUGGGAUUGCAGUCAAGCAAUACUUUGAUCAACACAAGCUUAGUGUCAUUACCUUCAACAACAGAGUGAAACUUCAAACAGUCAUUGGGCUUGAAGUGGUGUGGGAUGGCAAAGACAGCAUUGAGAUAACCGUCCCUCAGAACACAUCCAAUGAUGUGUGCGGCCUCUGUGGUAAUUACAAUGGUGACCCAGAGGACGACUGGACACAGGGCCCUGCAUGUCCACAAAAUACGGGCAAAGUGACAGACAACCCUUUCCUGUUUGGAACAUCAUGGACAUCAGUGACAUCACCAGAGAAAACAUGUGAUGUGUCCUGUGAGAAUCAGCAGCCACCAUCUGACCCAUGCCUCUACCCACAGGUCAUUGUUGAGAAGGAAUGCAGCAAAAUCAUCAACCUCGUCUCCUCUCCUUUUAAAUCGUGUCUGCUGCUCAAAAAACCUUCAGACAUUGAAGAGUUCAUGAAGUCUUGUGUGUUUGAUAUCUGCCAUGCUGAGGUCAACUUUGAAGAGGAUCUCUGCAACUUUGCCCAGUUUUUGAGUGUGGACUGUGCUGACAAUGAAAAAGUGGAGAUCAAGAACUGGCAGAAAGACGUACAAGUUUGUGGAAAGCCUGAUUGCCCCAACAACCUGAUCCACAAGGAGUGUGGUCCGGUCCACCCUGAAACCUGUCUGAGCAGAUCUGUCAACAGCUCCCUGACCCUGGUACCAGAUGCUGAGGCCUGCACUGAGGGCUGCUACUGCCCAGAUGGUCUAAUCCUGGAGGGGAACAAGUGCAUCACUAGGGAACAAUGUGGCUGUCUGUACAACAAUGGAUAUCUUGCUACUGGAGAUUCUGUUUACCUGCCUGACUGCUCCAAUAUAGUGACAUGUACUGGCACAAACGUGACCACCCACCAGCCUGUAGUUUGUCCUGAGAACCAGGAGUGCCGUACAGAAAAUGGCGUCACAGGCUGCUACUGUGUUGAAGGUUUUAUCAAUAAAAAUGGGCAAGACAUAUGUGAACGUGAUGUCUGUGCUGAUGUGGUGUGUAAGAUUGCUAACAUGGAAUGUGUCAAUGGCACCUGUGUUUGUAAACAAGGCUACAUCGGGGACUGUAACCAGUGCGAGGAUAUUGAUGAAUGUGCAACAGGCGGUCAUAACUGCUCCCUCUUUGGGCAACAAUGCAUCAACCUAGAUGGGUCUUUUACCUGUGGAUGCAAACCUGGAUAUUUUAGCAAUGGAGGUCUCUGCACAGACAUAGAUGAGUGUGAGUAUGGCAUCCAUAACUGCGGGGAUCAUGCUGAGUGUGUCAACAAUCUUGGAGGGUUUUCAUGCGAAUGCUGCGCUGGUUACAAGAAAAACUCUCGUGGAGCCUGUGUCAGGGACUCAUCAGAAUCUGUUGCACCCAAUGGCAAAUGUUGUGCUUGUCAAGGAUUAAGAUGCCCUGACCCAGGACAGGUGUGUGGUACAGAUGGCAAGACUUAUUCCAGUUAUAGAUCUCUGUCUAUAGCUGCCUGCAAGUCUGGGGAUGAAAGCCUGAAGCUGGAUUACAAAGGGCCAUGCCAAGGUACAUGUGCUGCAGUUCAGUGUGAGAAGCAAUACUCCAACUGCUCAAUGGUAAAUGGUGUGCCCCAUUGUGCUUGUCCCACCUGUACAGAUGUUUCAUCCACUUACCAAGACAUCACAGUCUGUGCUACAAAUAAGAUCACCUACAACAGCGUCUGUCAUAUGAUGAAGGCAACUUGCGAGGCUGAAAUUGUUACCACCGUCGAGGUGGAGUUCAGUGGGAAACCUUGCCCAGGAAAAGGAAUACCCCUCGCUGGACCCUGGAGUGACUGGGGACCUUGUAGUGAGGAUUGUAAACAGGGCACAAGGAAUCGAACCAGGGAGGUCUACUACAAGGAUGAGUACACUGAGAUCCAUGACAUAGAAUUUAUACCCUGCUACAACACAUGUGAAAAUGGCCCUUGUCAAAUGGACACCUGUACUGUGCCAGGCCAAGUGUGUAUAGCUGAUGAGAUGAACAUCCCAUCCUGUCAGUGUCCCAUCUGUGAAGACUUUACAUACAACCCUAUCUGUGGCAGAGUUGGUAUCUACAUCAAGACUUACGAAAACGAGUGUGAACUACAGAAAGAUAUCUGUGAGAAAAAAACUGAUGACUACGAGGUGUUGGAGCCAAGAGCUUGUGAAGAAAAGCCAGUAAAAUGUGGUCUAGUCCGCAACUAUAGGCUGGAGAAAGAUGAAAAUGGUUGCCAAGCAGAUCGCAGCAUCAACUUUGGCUUGUGCUAUGGUGGCUGUGAUGAUGAUGCUGAACUCUGUUGCUAUGGCAACAAAGUGGAACAGAGGAGUGCUAUCAUGUACUGUAAAGAUGGCACCAGCAGUACAAAAUUUUUUGAUGUGAUAGUGGGUUGUGACUGCGUCACCAAAGAUCAAGUUGGUGCACCAAAGAUGCAAGAAGUUCAGCCAUAAUGUUUAUACAUGUUCAGAUCAACCCCCACUUCUUUAAUAAUCUACACUAAAUAAAAUUCUGCAAAUAAUAGCAAAUACA